AUGGAGUGGGAUAUACUUUUUGUUGAGAGAGAGAAGAAAGAAGAGAAGGAUACACAGAAAAUGGACAAUUCAUUUACCAAAGUAUAUCAGAAAGAUAAAGGUAAAGGGAAAAUUGGAAGUGUACCUGCUAUCAUGGUCAAGGGUAACCUUGCUCCACUAGCACAGGACACCUCACCAAUAACUGCAGAGGCACCAACACAAAUUGAUAGUCAACCUGAAGAGAUGAUAGAGGAAAUGACAAAAGAUGACAUAGAUCCAGAGUCAGACAUUCUUUUUAUUAUGAAUGGUAUAUCUGAACUGACAGUCAGCAAGGCAAAUAGUAAGGAUAACAAUAAGGAUGAAAAUAAGGUUGAAAAAAAAAGUGAGAAUAAGGAAGAAACAGUGAAUAAAGAAGAAGUUAAUUAUAGAAGCAAGAUAGAAAAAGUGGUUAAGGUUAAUGUGCAGACAUCCAGAGAAGAUAAGAAACCAACUGUAGAACCUAGCACUCCGCCUAGCACUUCCACCAUGGAUUAUAGACCAACAAAUGUUAUAGAUGUACUUCUAGAUUGA